UCCACAAUGCUAAAGUUUCUGUGUCUUCUAUUUAUUUUUGCUUAUGUAAUAAAUUUCAUUCCUUGAAAAAAAUAUGUAUUGUGCAGAACAACACACAGUACAUUUUCGUGACUUUGAAGUUUUUGAUGUUAAAUCCAAUCCAUAUGUAAAUAUUAAUCAUGCUAAAGAAAGACCUGACAGUAGCGGAAAAACUGACAUUAAUUGGAAAACUCAUAUCAGUCGAACCUCACAUCCUUUAAAGGUCAACUAUACAGUUUAUUACCCUCAACUUGAAAAAAAUAGAAGCGAGAAAGUAGAUAACCUGUGUGGGGUAUAUCAAGAGGGUACCACUGAGGGAAACAUGCAAAAAUUUCUACUGAAAGUGCUUGCAAAUAUUGAAAAAUGUCCAAUUCAAAAGGGAACAACAUAUUCAAUCCCUGAAAAAUUCAGUAUGUUUUUCAAUAGUGAUCAGAAAUUUUGCGGAGAGAUUGAGGUGAAAUUCAACAUAUUCACUGAAGCGGAUUCAGAUUUGAUUAUUAGUGGUGGGUCGAAGGGGACUAUUACAGGCUGCUAAAUAAAAAAUUCUGUAAUUAUCUUCGUGAUUUUAAAUUUAGACGAAAAGAUUGUAUCAAAGUAAUAUGGUUGGAUAAAAAUGUUAAUGUUGCAGUAAAUAAUAAAGAAGAAAUCUCAUAGGUUAAUAGUUGUUACAAUAGAACAUUAUUAAUUUUAUAUCUUAAGGUUAUGGGAUGAGUGGGUAAUGUCACCAGAUGGUCACCUUAUCGACACUUUUUUAAUUUUCUAACUUAUUUUCAGAGGAAACUCAACAUCGAGUUGAAAAUUUAGGAUAAUAAAUAAGAGGCACUAAGAAAGGCGGGUCUGGUCCUA